CCGGCAAAAUGUCGGCCGCUCAGUUCAAGAACUUUCUCUACGCCUUUUGUGGAAAACGCAAAACCAGACCUGUCUACACAGAAAGACCUUCUACUCAGGGAACUUUCAAAUUCCAGGUUCAAAUAGAUGGAUUUGAUUAUGUGGGCCUUGGAAGUGCUACCAGCAAGAAAGAUGCUGAAACUAAUGCUGCUAAGGAUUUCUGUGGUUUCCUGAUCGGAGCUGGAAUUAUUCCUCCAGAUUCAUUUCCAGAUGAUUUAUUUGGAGAAGGACCUACAUCAUCAUCAGCUUCCAUGCCAUCUCAACAGCAGCUUCCAUCAUCUGCAGCACCAGUUCCUCCGACACAGCUAAUGCAAAAUCAAAACCAACAAUCAGGACCAACACAGGGGAAGCCUUUUCCAUCACAACCACCACUUCUUAUGAUGCAGCAAGGUGGAACAGCACCUGGUACAAGUCAAAUGGAUAGUUGGAGUGGAGCUGGCCAAAGAGAUUACCAUUAUAGCCUGUACAAUAAAAGAAAGUUUGAAGAGGCUGAAGAUGUGGAUCUAAAUGCUCAUCUUCAUGGAAACUGGACAUUAGCCAAUGCCAAGUCUCGGCUGCAUCAGUAUCUGCAGCAGAACAGAAUUCCUGCUGAUUUCAAAUACUCUGCUGGGGGUCCAGACCACAACAGACAUUUUGUUGCUGAAUUAUCUAUUUUUGUGAAGUCUCAUCGAAGAACUAUUUCUGCUCAAGAACAUGCUUCCACAAAGAAACAAGCUGCCCAGAACACUUCUUUAAGUCUUGUUCGACAAUUGUUUCACAUGGGAGUGUUGGAGGCUGCUGAACCAGGUCAAGUUCAACCAAAGAAAACAAAAACAGAUGAGAUUGAACCUCAUGAUGUUGCUAUCAGUCCUGAGAUGGAACAGCAAGUGUCAGAUCUGCUUCAACGACUUGAAAUUCAACCAGUUCCUCAGGACCCAAACCAAGCUGUAUCCCUAGUCCUUCCCCCUGGAAUGGUCAAAUUUCAAGAGACAAAUCCAGAACCAGGUUCUGGAAUAGUGGAAUGGACUCAACCAAAUAUGAACUGGAAUCCAUGGAUAAACCAGCCAAUGAUUAUAGAAGGAGCUGAAGACUAUCAAGAACCUAUUCCAACAAGUCAGGAUUACCUAAAUGAAUACAGAGAGAAACAUCAAAAUGUUGAUGUGUAUAAAAACAUGUUAGAGCAGCGAAGUCAACUUCCUGUGUUCCAGUACAAGUCUGCAUUGGUUGAGGCAAUCAGGACAAACAGAGUUGUUGUUAUAAAGGGUGCAACAGGCUGUGGAAAAACUACUCAGGUUCCACAGUACAUUCUCGAUGACUACAUUGAGACAGGGUAUGGUGCUGAGUGUUGUAUUGUAGUCACUCAGCCGCGACGUAUCAGUGCUGUGAGUGUAGCUGAAAGAGUGGCCAGUGAAAGAGCUGAGAUACUGGGCACCAGUGUAGGAUAUUCAGUCAGGUUUGAUACUAUUCUUCCCAGAAGCCAUGCCUCCAUGCUGUUCUGCACAGUUGGUGUUCUUCUCAGGAAGCUUGAAAAUGGUCUUCAUGGAAUUUCUCAUGUGGUUGUGGAUGAGAUACACGAGCGAGAUAUAAAUACUGAUUUUGUGUUGGUGAUUUUGCGUGACAUGAUUCAAGCAUACCCAAACCUCAGAGUUGUCCUCAUGUCUGCCACUAUUGACACCCAGAUGUUUACAGAGUAUUUUGGCAACUGUCCUAUUGUGGAAAUAGAAGGAAGAUCGUUUCCAGUUCAAGAAUAUUACCUUGAAGAUGUGAUCCAAAUGUUAAAUUUUGUCCCUCCACUUCCGGAUAAAAAGAAAAAGAGAGACGAUGUGGAUGAUGAUGAGGAGGAAAAUUGUAACUUAACAUGCAGUGAGGACUAUUCCUUCCAAACCAAGAAUGCGCUGGCACAACUGAGUGAAAAAGAAAUGUCUUUUGAACUUGUGGAGGCUUUGCUUAACUACAUAUCCGGCCUGAAUAUUCCUGGAGCUGUCCUCAUAUUCCUUCCAGGGUGGAACUUAAUUUUUAAACUUCACAAGCACCUGAAGAUGCAUCCACAAUUUGGUGUGAGUAGCAGGUAUCGCUUGCUUCCUCUUCACUCCCAGAUCCCCAGAGAAGACCAGCGGAGAGUAUUUGAGCCCGUUCCAGAAGGAGUCACAAAGAUAAUUCUUUCUACAAACAUCGCUGAAACAAGUAUUACAAUUGAUGAUGUUGUUUUUGUCAUUGAUUCAGUCAAAGCCAAAGUAAAAUUAUUCACCUCACACAACAACAUGACAAAUUACGCCACUGUAUGGGCGUCCAGAACCAACAUGGAACAGAGGCGUGGUCGAGCAGGCAGAGUCAGACCAGGAUUUGCUUUCCAUCUUUGCAGCAGAACAAGAGCUUCAAGACUCGCUGAACACGCCACACCAGAGAUCUUGCGCACACCGCUUCACGAGCUGGCUCUCACCAUCAAAUUUCUAAAACUCGGAGAUAUCAGAGAGUUUUUGAACAAGGCCAUCGAGCCGCCCCCGCUUGAUGCAGUGGCAGAGUCUAUUGCCCUAUUAAAAGACAUGGAGGCUUUGGAUGGAAACUUAAAUCUCACUCCCCUUGGUUACCUUCUGGCAAAAUUACCCAUUGAACCACGGCUUGGCAAGAUGAUCAUUCUUGGAUGCAUCUUUUACUGUGGAGAUGCCAUGUGCACUAUUGCUGCUAGCACCAGUUUCCCUGAGCCUUUCGAAACAUCAACUGACCAAAGGAGACUGGGCUGGGUACACAAACAGUUUUCAGGGUCACGUCACAGCGAUCACAUUGCGUUGCUCAGCGCAUAUCAGGCUUGGGAGGAUGCCAGGUCAGUAGAAGAUGAAUCUGCUGAGUAUCAGUUUUGCGAGAGUCGUCAGUUGAACAUGUCAACCCUUCGCAUGACAUCGGAGGCUAAGCUUCAGCUGAAAGAUCUUCUUUGUAACGCUGGUUUUCCAGAUGAAUGUAUGCACCCACAGCCAUUUAACUACAGCGGCCCCGACUCCAAGUUGGACAUGGUCGUGGCUUUGUUGUGUUUGGGUAUGUAUCCUAAUGUCUGUGUACACCGAGGGAAACGCAAAGUACUAACGACAGAAGGCAAAGCCGCGCUCAUCCACAAGUCCUCAGUGAACUGCUCCAACAGGGAACAGACUUUCCCGUCUCCGUUCUUUGUGUUUGGAGAGAAGAUUCGUACCCGCGCUGUAUCGUGUAAACAGAUGACCAUGGUUAAUCCUCUACAGCUGCUCAUGUUUAGUCAGAGUAAAGUAGAAUCUGAAAAUGGGAUCGUCAAAAUGGACGACUGGUUACAGUUCAGGUUUGCUCACCAUCAAGCCGCCAUGAUCGUAGCCCUGCGUCAAGCACUUGACUUCCUAUUAGUUCGCGCUGCCACAAAUCCAGCCACAAUAGCUGAACCGAGUCAUGAAGAUGAGAGAAUACUGCAUGUCGUCAAGGCGUUAUCAAGAGCUAAUGCGGGAAGCUUUAAUGUGAGCCGUGGUGGAGGCCAAUUUCAACCGAGAGGAGGACCUCUACCGGGGUUGAUGCACCGAGGAGGACGUGGUGGACCUCCACCAAGGCGUGGCUACCAAGGUCCUCGACAUUACCGCGGCAACUACCAAGGGGGUGGAUUCCGCGGCGGUGGCGGUUUUCGUGGAGGAUCCCGGCGUGGAGGCUUUCGCGGAUUUCGCGGCGGACAAUAUUAAAUGCAAGUUACUUAAUUUUUGGCGUUAGGCCUACCAUUUACAGUGGAGCAGAGGAGUCUGUUAAAAUCCCAGUUAUUAUUCGGUUUUAAUCUCACUGGAGAAUACAUAGGCGUGAUGAAGUAGCUGACAAAGUCGCCGGGAAAUUAAGUUACGACAUGAACAAUUCGCUUUCACUUAGAAAAGGAACAGUUUAUCGUCACUUAAGUUGUACCAUUUUCCUCUUCGUAACAGUAAAUUAAUGCCAAAGGAGAGCCUUUUAAAGAUUGAAGGCGCGUCAACAGUAAAGAGUCUUGCGCGAAUUGCGUCCCAGUGCUUAAAAAAAACCUGCGUACUAACUCAUCUCAAUUGCUUAUGGUCUUUUUUAGGAAAGAGUGAUAGCGUUCCACGGUUUUCAACCGCCAAUGAUGCAAUACGCGCUUUGUGAUAUGUCGGACUACAUUCUUAUUUCCCAGCAAAAUUCGUCGCGCGAGUGAAAAGUUGAAACCGAUGAAAAAACCAUUUCAUAAUUUAUGCGACGCCAGAACCUUUUUUUGCGAAUAUUUUUAAUAACUUUUGCGACAGAUUAUGCUGUGAAAGAAGUGAAGACUGCUCGUUCUCGAGACUUUGGUUGUGUAAUUGUAGUUAAUAUGUACGGUGAAGAUAACAAUAAACAAUUCCUUGAAGUUGAA